AUGAUGUUACAUCAGGUUUCCCAACCCAAGCAAGCCUUUGUGGCCAUUCAUGAUGAGAAUCAUUUACUUUCCGAACUUUCAUCCUCACCAAUGUCUGGUUCUUCUUCUUCGAUGAUUGCCCAUAGUGGAAGUGGUGGUGAUUCGGAAGCAUCAUCAUCACUGACAACCAACAAGUUAUUGGAAAAAGUGAGCAAGGUAGACCCUCAUUAUGUUCCUCAUUUGCAAAAUCAUAAACACCAUCAUCAUCAUGAAAAACAUCUCUCUAAUGAGCAUCAUGAGUCACAUCCACUCGGCACAGCUAUUUAUUACACUCCUCAAAUUUUGACUGAUGAAGAGGACGACGAAGAAGAAGCAAUGUUAAGCCAACACCAUCAUGAUAUUGAGAAUGGCAAGGUGUCAUCACCACGAUAUCAAACACAAGAAAUUGAGAGCUUUCAUCAAGAACGAAAGAAAUACAUUACCAGAAAAUUAUUUGAAAAUUUUUCAUUGCGAGAUUUAAUUGUAAAGUGGAGAUAUUCAAUUAUUUAUUCAUUGUAUUUAUUAAUUAUGAGCGGAUUGGCAGCUUUUUUGUUUGCAUGGGCAAUUUAUAAACGAGGAAAAAUUGAAGAAAUUUGGUUUUUAGCCCUUGAAGGUUUUUGCACGUUUGCCAUUGUGUAUGAAUGUUUUUUAAGCAUAUUUCUUUAUCGAAGACAUUGGUACAAGAGAAUUAUUGUGUGGUGCAACAUUUUUGUAUCGCUUGCUGCACUCGUCAUCUUUUCAUUAUUACUCUAUUGUUUUAUUGAAAAUCAGGAAAACUACUUUUGGAGCAAUGUUGCAUUUGCUGAGGAAGUUAUCAUUGGAAUUCAUUGCACUGUCAAUGCUCUCAGAAUUAUUAUUUAUAUUUUGCAAAUUCGGCGAGGCAGAACUAUCAUGACAAAUAAUCCAAUCUUUCUUGAUACCAGUACUCCAACAUCGACCUCUGAUCAACAAAAUCAUUUGACAAAUGAAAAAGAAGAGGACCUACCAGAACAAACAUCCUCACAGACCUCUUAUGGAACAGUUUCUAAUGCAAAUUAG